AGAAUGAUGACAUUGACAAAUGAUUAAGACGUUGAUUUAAUUUAUUCAAGAAUGUAUAUUAUGGGAAGUGUUGUAUGACGUGUUUAAACUAAACAAAAACAUCGUUAUAAGAAUAUAAAUUUAUGUUUGUUUUCCAACAGUUCACAACUGAGAUAGACAAAUCCCGAGAUGAAGCUGAUAUUGCCCUGUUGCCUAUUUGCGUUAUUGGCGCUUAAAUGUGUACAAGGAUCACCUCGGAAAAACAAAGUCAAGAAAACUGGACCAAGCUGUCCUAGAUAUCCUACUAGAUAUGAGGGAGAAUCGUUGGUCAUUGAGAUUGAAAAGGGGGAGUGUGAAAUGGUCAUAGCAUCUAUGAAUAUGCACGAACAGAAUGUAGAUAAAGUGAAGUCUUUUAGAAAACGUGUGAAAGCUGUAUUGAGAAAAGUCAACAUGCCAACUGUUACCUUCCGUUCUUUGAUGACUAUUUAUGAAGAAGGAUCCAGUCGAACACCAAGCAAUGGAAUAAGUAAUAAUGUGGUACCUGGAAGUCAAGUCAAUAAUACUUCUCAAAUAACAGUCAUCAAUCCAAACACAGACAUAGGAUCGCAAUAUCCAGGACAGGAAGUUGGUAAUAAAUGUACGAAAACGGACUACAGAUUUGUUGGACCUGUUCUAAUUAUUGACACAGUCCCGGGAGAGUGCCAGAUGAUGAUAGUUGCACAUGGAGACAGAAAGAAUAAAGUGUUUAAACGUCUGAAUAAAAAAGGAAAACCAAUAAGACCAAGGAAAAAGAUCAUGUUUGAAUAUAUCGACGAACAAUUUUUCUGAACACCUCAACAUAAUACUCUAUGAAAUCCGUUGUAAAAAUUUUGUAUAUGUUUUUGAAUAAAAUAUAUAAAUGAUCAA